AUGCAAGGUGGCAUUAAUGCAAAUAAUUCUAUGCGCAGCAAGCACACAGCGGAAGACUGCUUAGCUCGAGUCCCGUACGCGUCUGUUAUGGCAUUCUUCAUGUCUGUUGUUGGUGUUCUUCUUUUUUCUGUUAUGAUGGCAAGAGCUUUUAAUGCAUCUAUUGAACAGACAAAACGGCUUUUCAACAAUGAUGAACUUCCAUUCUUAUCUAAGAUCCAUAUAUUUUUUUUGGUAGUGGCUGUUACCAUGGGGCUUAUUGCUAUCAUUUCAUUAACUAUAGGAGCAAUGAGUACUGGCGCAACAAGAGGAGAGUUCUUUAGAGGUGUAAAAGGCCAGUUUGGAGGACGCUGCGCUAAUAUAUUAGCUAUGAUAUUGAAUUAUGCAUCGCUCCUUUGCUGGAUAUUUGCAUUAGCCUGUACUGCUAGUUUGUGCUUUGUAUAUCGUGUAUUUGAUCGUCUCUGUUAUCCUAUCAUUCGCUUCUCAGACUCAACUUGUUUUGAUUUUACUGUAUUCCAACCAUUAGUAGAACCGUUUUCUUCAAAAUCUUUAAAACUGUGUGGUGGGGAUCUCCAGCAGUUUUGUGCCUUGUCAUCUACUGCCUAUCUGUGGUAUAUCGUCGGGUUUAUUGGUUCCUUUUUAACUGUGCUUGGUCUCGUGCACUUCUUGAUUUGUACAGCAGCUAAUUAUACCCAUGUUUCACUUGGCAAAAAAGCAGAGGAGUUAAAGACGCUGGUCAUGUCAAACGAUAUGGAAGCUCUCAAUUAUGCAUCCAAGAAAAACUAUUAUGGCGAUUCUGGUCGCAGAGGUGGCAGUUUUCAGCAGCUGAAUAAUAAUUAUUAUGCCAGUUGA